AUGUCUGUCGAUAAGACUAUUGAAGAGCUCAGUAGUACGUUAUCGCAGUUGGGGACGCUUGUUGGACAUAUCAACACACAAGUUGCCGGGAUUACUUCUAGAAUUAAUGUAACAUUGGAUACUUUUGAUUCUUCGGUCUCAAAUAUAGCCUUAGAUGCUCGAGCGGUAACAAAUCAGGUUGCUGCCACAGUUUCACAGGUUCCAAAUGCUUGGAUAUUUUACUUGUUAUUCAUAACGUUAAUUAUUGUAUUUUUAUUGCUGUCUAUAAUUUUGACAAUUAAUUUGGUCACAAAAUGUUACGCCAUUUACAAAAUAUUAAAAAGUCAAGACGAUACUGCAUCUGAAAAUUUGCGUACCUCAACGUUACCGUUGUAUGACGAAUCAAAACCAAUCGUUUGUUCACCGUCACCGCGACCUCCUCAAUCUGCUAAACGAUUGAGUCAUAUUGCAAUCCCAAUGGAGCACGAGCCAAGACGAGUCGGUUUCCCUGUCAAUGGUGAUCUGAGGGCUCGAGCCGCUUCGGAAAAGUCAUCAGUGGUUGAUGAUGACUACACUAGGCAACCAUAUCAGCGAAGGCCAACUGAAUGUAGUGGACGAUACGAUGUUCAAGCCGGUGUUGCAUUACCUUACGCUAGCAGAGGUGCAGAUGUUUAA